CAUUCUCUCCUUUCGAUGCCAGCCAAAAAGUCAUAUCAAAAUUUCAAUUGUUCGUAGAAAAACGUAGAUCAUAAUUCCCCAAAAUUAGUUAUCAGCCGGUGGCAAGAGAUCCUGCAUCCUGCAUCCUGCAUCCUACUCCCUGCUUUCUGCUUCCUGUAUUCUGUAUUAAAAGUUUCCACUCCAGGAUGUGCAUGCCGUACCUGACCAAGCUCUUCGGCGGUGCCAAUCGGCGGGAGCAACGCACCCGGAACGGAGGCGUCACCCCGCUGCCCAGUCUGGCCAAUGUGCCCCAGGUCUCCGCGGAUACGGUGCGCACCACCAGGUCUGCCAAAUCCGGAAAAUCCGGCAAAUCCGGAAAGUCAGCCAGCCGGAGGAGCUCCAACACGAAUACGAAUACGAAUGCGAAUACGAAUGCCAAUGCCAAUGCCAAUGCCAAUCAGUCGAGUGAGAGCAGCUUGGAAUCGAACACGGAUCACAUGAUGGUGGUUCGCAACACCUCCGACUCGGUGGCCCCCAUUGUUGAACCUGUCGACGACGAGUCGAGGACCCGGCGAUCCUGGUGGGGCUACCUCGGCAUGAACAGGAACAAGAAGCCCAGCAUUGAGUCGCUCUAGUGCUCUAGUGCUCCACCAAUUCCACACCUCGAUCGGAAAUGGCAAUCGGAUACGGAUCAUACGGCUGAUCAUAGAAUUUGGGUCGGACUCUCGCAUAAACCAAAAAAUGUGAUUUUAAAUAAAUCUAUUUGGAUCUCAGAAACCCUCAAACCUCUAGGGUUAUUAAA